UAACAAAUGAAUUAACGAGAAAUUAUCUAUUUUGCAUCAUCUUUACCUUUUGGUUUUGUGCAUUAUUUGAUUACUUUAUAAACGAUUCAUUAUGCAACCUGUCAAUUAAACUUCCUUUUUCAUGUCCACAACACACGAAAGGAGAGAUAAUUAGUUAAAUGAUCAUGAAAUUGCCUUCUUUUGAAAAUGGUUUAUCCGUCGAAUUUCAAGUUGAUGCAUCAACGAGUGAACAAUCUACAUAUGAUCAAGACACCACAUCUCAUUCAACAUCAAGCAAUGUAGAGAUGUUGUACAAGAGAAACGUUUGCAACUCAAUACUAGGAAUUGAUCCAAUCCUCCUUCGUAUGGUUUUGGCAGAAGCAUUAGGGACUUUUUUGUUAAUGUUUUGUAUAUGUGGGAUAAUGGCAAGCAUGGAAAUAAUGAGAGUGCAGGUGGGGCUUAUGGAAUAUGCAACCACAGCAGCACUAACAGUAGUAGUUGUAGUCUUCUCUAUAGGCCCUAUCUCUGGGGCUCACAUUAAUCCUGCUGUCACUUUAGCAUUUGCAGCUGUUGGACAUUUUCCAUGGUCCAAGGUUCCAUUUUAUAUAGUGGCACAAGUGGGAGGUUCAAUAUUGGCUACAUAUACAGGAAAAUUGGUGUAUGGAUUAAAAGCAGAAUUUAUGACAACACGACCUCUACAUGGUUGCACUUCAGCAUUUUUAGUAGAGCUUUUGGCAACCUUCAUUGUUCUCUUCCUAAGUGCAUCAUUGACAAAUGAUCCUCAAUCUACAGGACCAUUGUCUGGAUUUGUUGUUGGCGUGGCCAUUGGACUGGCUGUCCUAAUUUCGGGCCCUGUUUCAGGAGGAUCAAUGAACCCAGCCAGGUCUUUAGGACCAGCAAUUGUUGCAUGGAAGUUUGGUAACUUGUGGAUAUAUGUUGUAGCCCCAAUUAUAGGAGCUAUUGCAGGAGUUGUCUUCUAUCGGUUUUUACGCCUUCAAGGCUGGUCUUGCAAACCUAAAUCCACUCCAACAACUCAUCAACAUAUAUAGUCCCCUCUAACUCAUAAUUUUAGUUUAGUAUAAACCUAUAUUUUAAUGGUGUUAUUUGUGGAAGUUUUCUACCCAAUAAAUGUAGGUUCGAUUCUUGCACUUCACUUUUUUUUUCCUUAUGUGCUAGAAAUUAAGUUAUUAAAAUAUAUGUAUAUAUAUAUAUUCAAUUUAAAGCAUCGAUUUCGUAUACAUAUGUUCUUGAUGAAUAACAUAACACGUUGAUGACCCCAAGAAGUUGCCACUAUUGGAAAAUUGAGCAUUAUAUAACAGCUUGAGUGUGAGAUAACGUUUGUGCA